AUGCAAUGGCAGGCUCUCAAAAAGGAAGAAGAGCUGCGGUGGUAUAUAUAUAUGGGUGGAAUAUACGGAAAAUGCAGCGGGAGAGGCCCAGAACCAGGAGCAAUGGAAGCCCGCUGCCUAUCCCUCAACGGUAUCUCGAGAUGGCGGGGGGGAGGGAGGGAGGAGGAGGAGGCGGAGGAGGAUGAAAGGGAAGAAGAGCAGCCGGACGGAGCAGCCUGGAGCCUCUCUCUGCAGCCAGCAGCAAGGGCGAGGGCGAAGGGCGAGCAGGCGGGAGAGGGCGAGAAGCAGGACGGAGAUGCGGUUUGUCAACGCAGCAGCAGCAGCAGCAGCAGCAGCGAGCUUCCGCUCAACCAGCCAACCAGCCAGUCAACUUCGCCCAACCUAGAUCCAAGGGUCGACGGCCAUGAUCGAGCGCACUAA